GGCCGGGCCGCGGCGGGGCGGGGCGCAAGGACGGCCGGCCCGAUGGACUCGGGCCCUGGCCGAGCCGAUGGCGGCGGGGCGCUGGGCGCCUGGCCUGUGGCGGGCCUGCAACUGGCUCAUGGCCGCCUUCUUCGCGCUGGCGGCCGUGGUGCAGGUAAAUGAUCCAGAUGCUGAAGUCUGGGUGAUGGUGUAUAUGAUACCUGCAGUGCUGACUCUCCUUGUUGGACUCAACCCCCUUGUCACAGGGAACUUUAUUUGGAAGAGUGUCUCUGCAAUACACAUAUUCUUCUGCAUCACGUGGGCUGUCGGCUUGGCAUACUACCUCCUGCUUCAUACACAACAGAACAUCAUACAUGAGGAAGAAGGCAGGGAGCUGUUUGGUCUGGUGAUUAUUACGGCAUGGAUGAGCCUAUGCCACAGUUCAUCAAAGAAGCCAGUUGGUGGAAGAAUUCAGUUGGCUAUUGCCGUUGUCAUUGCUCUCUUCCCCCUUCUCUCGUGGGUCUACAUAUAUGCAAACAAGGAGAUGCGGUCCUCCUGGCCCACUCACUGCAAGACGGUAAUUUAAGUGAAGUCAAGAAGCCUGUUCUGAAAAUGAGGAUUUGCAAUUUCUUAUAAACAUGGUUGUAACAAGCCAACUUCCUAGCAGUUUAUUUCCGGUAAUUUGAGCUAAUACUACAGAUUUUUCUUUUUAAUACUGAGAACUUUUUAAGGUUGCCUACAAUACAGUGUAGCAUUGGAUGGGACUAGUAAGAGCAGGGUCUCACAUUCUAUUGUAUCAGAGUGUAGCAGAAAAGAACAAAAGUUGAGAAAAAUGAAUUCUAACUCAGCUUAUCACUAUCUAUGUGACUUGGGCAAAUAUAUAAAUCUCCUGGUGGAUAUGUCUUUAUCUAUAAAAUAGGAUUAAUACCAGAUCUCCUGCUUAAGUUAUACGGUUGCAAGGAUUAAACUGGAUAACAUGACAGCACUCCGAAAAUAUAAAGUGCUUACAAAGGGCCGCACAUGAUUAAAACAGAGGGAGGCAGAGUCUGGGUAACAGGACAGAAGGAGAGGCCCAACAGAGGGCUGCACCCUGAGCUAAUCUCGUAUACUGAACUGGUACAGGGCCAUGAACUGAACGAGGGCGCCAGACGAGCCAAACGAACAAGCACGUCUUGGAAAGGAAAGUCGGAUAGAAUAAAGGAAUUUGGGACCGAAAACAAUAGGGAAUAUUAAUUACAUUGUAAAUGAAAAAUAAGACCAAAAUCCACCCGUUUUUUAAAAUGAAUAUCAAAAGUAACCCCGGGGAGAAGACUGUGUUCGAGCUGUACUCUCCGAUAUGGUAGACACUAGCACAUGAUGCACUGAGCGCUUGAAAUGUGGCUAGACUGACUGAGGAAGUAAAGCUUUAAUUUUUUCAUUUUAAUUUUUAAUUUAAAAACUGCUAAUUAUUAGAAACCUUGUGUGUUUAGAACAUUUGUUUUAAGUGUGUCUGUAACAGCUUGGGUAUAUGAGUCUACUUCGACUGUAAAUUUUAUGGUAUCUAAAUACAGAUUUAGUAUUUCCAAUGAAAAUCUGGUGUCCAAAAGAACGUGCUAUGAGUCUAAAAUAUGCACUAGAUUUUAAGGAUGUAGCAUAAAAUGAAAGAAUGUAAAAAACAAUUUUUGUAUUGAUUACAUAUUGAAAGAAUAUUUUACAGAUAUUAGGUUAAAUAAAAUAUAUUAAAAUUAA